AUGGUUGUUGUUGUUGGAAAACAGAAAGUGUCAUUUCCUGUGAGUUUAGAUGGGGAGUGUGUGAAACACUGUGAGGAAGGAUACUUUGUGGAUGAGGAGGCUCAGGAGUGCGAGCCCUGCCACCGCAGCUGUCAUACCUGUGGAGGGCCGCAGUAUGACGACUGUGACACCUGCAAAGACGGGUUUGUGCUGAACAACGGGGAAUGUCAAGAAGACGAACGCCUUGCUGCUUGUCCUGAAAAUCACUUCAAGAACAGUCAGGAGCAAUGUGAACAGUGUCACUCGUCCUGUAAGACUUGCUUUGCUGCAGGGAUGGAGGACUGCAGCAGCUGCCACUCAGGGUAUUUUAUGACUUCUCGGCAGACUUGUUUGUCUCAUUGUCCAACCGGUACAUUUGCCAACAAGACAUCUGGCCAGUGUAAAGACUGUGUGGAGGGGUGUAUAGUGUGUCACAACAGCCAAGUUUGCCAGCAGUGUCGCAGCGGACUUUAUCUUCAAGAUGGGGCUUGUGUGGUUGAGUGUCAGAGAGGGUUUCCUGAGGGUGAUGGAUGUCAGCCGUGUGCCCCGGCGUGCAGCUCCUGCAUAAAGAGUCCCACCCACUGUUUGAGCUGUGAGAAGCACUUGUUAUUGCUGGACCACUCCUGCAUUUCUCACUGCCCAGAGGGAUAUUAUGACAACAGCACAGAAUGUCACCCGUGCCCAGCUCACUGCAGCGAGUGCAAUCAGGAUGGUUUGUGUAAAACCUGUGCACAUUACUUUUUCCUCCAUGAGGGAGAAUGUGUGGACGAUUGUCCUGCAGGGUAUUUUUCCUCUGAGAACGAGUGUGUGGGUUGUCAUGUGGACUGUGCUUCCUGCGAUGGACCGAGCUUUGAUGACUGUAGCGUGUGUAGGAACCCGAAGGCUGUCCUUCACCACGGGGAAUGUCUUCCCAAGUGUCCAGACAGAUUUUACUAUGACAAGACGACAAACGAAUGCAAAGAUUGCGACAAGUCUUGUCUGACCUGCUCAGGCCAUGAACCGUCAGACUGCCUCAGUUGCAGUGCCAAAAAACACAAAGAUGCCAGCGGACACUGCGUGUGGGACAGUCAGUGUUCUCCCGGCUCAUACCUGGACCAGAAUGGAGAGUGCCGACAGUGCCACGCUCUCUGCCAAAACUGUUCUGGCCCCAACAGAGACCACUGUCUCAGCUGCAAGCCACCACAUCUCCUACUGAACAGCACCUGUGUGAAAUCCUGCCCUCUGGGUUACUACGCUGAGAAAAACUCUGAGCUUUCUUGUGGGCUUUGUCACUUUGGCUGUGAGUCUUGUGUUGGCCGUCACAGUCAGCAAUGUGUCACCUGCAAAACUGGGUUUUUUAAGCACGCCAGGAGCUGCGUCGAAACCUGCCCUCAGAGUCAUUUUAAAAAUAUGAACACCAUGACUUGCCAGCAGUGUGAUCCCUCCUGCAGCCAGUGUUCAGGUCCUGGAAACCAAAACUGCCUGAAGUGCAGGAAGGGCUUUGUUUACCUGAGAAAGGAGGGACGAUGUCUUCAGAGCUGCCCUGAAGGCUACCAUGUUGACAGACAAUCCAUCUGCCAAAAGUGUCACCCAACUUGCAAAACCUGUGACCGUGAAGGAGGCGUGGCCUGUCUCUCCUGUUAUGACGGCUUCACAUUCCUGAGUGGCAUCUGUGAAAACCCGUGUUUCCUCGGCUUUUAUCCAGACCCAAAGCUCCAGGAUUCCAAAAAUGAGAAAGCAAAGUGCAAAGCUUGUGACCCGUCCUGUGAGGCGUGUCGAGGGCCCAGCAUGUGGGACUGUACUGUGUGUUCUGCAGCCCACAUGAUGGCUGAAGACGGCCGGUGCUUGAGAUGCUGCGGACACGACACCCUCCGCAGCGACGAACCUUUACCCAGAGAAUGCUGCGACUGCAAAGCCUCUCAGAUGGAAUGCAUCCUGAGCGUCAACUUUGUGAUGGUAGCCGAUGAUUCCGAAAGCACUGCCAAACAAGUUGUCACGGUUUGCAUUUUUGUCAUCCUCCUUUUGGGGGGAGCGCUCUUCCUUUUCCUCAGCGCUCGAUCAAAAAUGGCCACCAUGCCUAAAACUAAAGCUGGAGGCUAUGAGAGAGUGGACACCAAUGGAGGACAGACACCCCAACCCACCACUUCUUCACUUAAGGACUACAACGACAAAAUCGCUCAACUUCAGGACGGGGACGAGGAAGAUGACGACGAGGACAUUGUGUACAUGACAAAAGACGGAACAGUGUAUCGGAAGUUUAAGUAUGGCUUACUGGAUGAGGAGGACAAUGAUCUUGAAUAUGAUGAUGAAAGUUACACUCUCACCUAAAACAGAAUAUCAAAAAUAGUUAAUCUUUACAGUUUUUUUUAAAAACUUUCAUAUAUUACUGGUAUUUUUUUGGUAAAACAAAUUUUGUGUUAUAAAAUCCUAAAAUACCGAUCAGAACUUUUUAAUUUGCAUUCUCUCAGGCUUUUUUUUACGGUUUUCAAAUAAACCUAUAAAUAUAAAAUGUUCAUUUUUUUAUAUAUACUUAAUUAUGUAAAAACUAAAACUUAAUCCUUGAGAUUAUGGAUGUUUUGUCUUUACAUUUUUUUAAUUUAUAGCUCUUCAAAAGCAAUACUUACCUAUUUCUGUAGUUAUUUAACACUGUGAGUCUCAGGGAGGAAUCUAUUUGUUAUUAAGUGUAAUAGAAUAGUCAGUCAAACACUGGUAUUAAAUAAAAUCACAAGUGGUUUGAUUUAAAUCAACAAAUGUUAGUUAUAAGAUCAACAAGAGGACUUUUUAAUCACCUCAAGCAUAACAUUUUGAUUUAACUUUUAAAGUUUUUCAUAGUAUAAGAUUGUUUUUGUGCUUUUAAAGGUUAAUUAAUUUUAGUAAAAUUUUUUGGCUGCAAAUUCAUUGAAGACUCUUAUGAAAUGUAGAUUCAAGAAUAAAUUAACUAUAAAGAAUAUUAGUGUCUUUAACCAAAAAACAUUGGAAGUUAUUGAGUUUUCUUUGUAUGUUUUAUGAUUUCAUUUUGUUUUAAUGUUCAAUGUUGAUUUCCUGAUUUAAAAAUGUGAAAUGAUUGUUUCAACAUUAAUGUCAAACUUUUUUGUCUUUUAUGUCCAACUUCCUUUUUUUAAGUUUCAUUUACCAAUAAAAAGGGAGCGGCAGGAAAUACAGAAUUUUGCAGCGGUCAGGGUUGAAUAGUCUUCAUUUCAACUGAAUUAAACACUCGUAUGACCAGCUCGGGCUGUUCUACUGGAGUCACAGACACAAUCAGAUUGGUGGAUUAUCUUGGAGAUACCAAGAAACAACACAGCAAUAACAAAACAAAAUUAAUCUUUUUGCAGUGAUUCACUGUAGAUUUAAAGUUAGAAUGCGAGACAAGCAAUACUUAAAUCUCGCAAAAUUAACUUU